GGCUUAGACAGACGUGGGACAUUAUCAUACAUAGGAGUAAACAAAGCAGCUUCUCAGAGCCACUGAAAGCUAGGAUGAGCAAUCUGAUCAAAGCUGCUGCAGGAGAUGCAAUUUUAACUUCGCUGUUUGUUUUCGUCGGACCAAUCAUGCGGCUUCUCACAGCCAUCCUAGCUUCAUUUUUUGGCUUUCAAGCAAGGUCCUUGAUUGGCCGUUUCAUCACCACCAUACAUGCCACAGUUCAAGUCUUGAUCUUCAGCAUGAUUGGCAAGCUCUUGGGUGGUGCCAGCUUCAACCCCUGCACCACUCUCACUUUUUACGCCGCCGGCUUCAACCCGGGAACUUCCCUGAUCUCGAUGGCAGUCCAGUUCCCGGCUCAGGCAGUCGGCGGGGCAGGUGGCGCCAAGGCCAUCCUGCAACUGAUGCCUGCAAAGUAUGAGCAAUUUGUUAGAGGGCCAUCUCUGAAAGUGGACGUGAAAAGUGGUGCUAUUGCUGAAGGGUUGUUCACUUUCUCUCUUUGUUUUUCCCUGCUUUUUGUUAUGCUCAAGGGUCCUAGGAGUCUUAUUCUGCAAAUAUGGCUGGUUAAAGUAGCUACUGUUGGAUUGGCUGUUCUGGGGAGUGGGUUUACAGGGCCUUCUAUGAACCCUGCUAAUGCUUUUGGCUGGGCUUAUGUUAAUAACUGGCACAAUACUUGGGAGCUCUUCUAUGUUUAUUGGAUUGGUCCUUUAGUUGGAGCAGUUUUGGCUGCUAGAGUCUUCAAGAUUUUGUUUCCUCCACCAGAAGCAAAGGAGAAGAAAGCCUAAUGAUUAGUUUGAGUAUGUGAUUCAGUAGCAGAUAUAUAUGAAUGUGUGCAUUCAUUU